CCUCAUAUGGUGCUAUACGAUAAUCUUGUUUAUAACAACGUCACAUUGAUCCGCCAUUAGUACGAACAUCUACUAGGAUUCUUUCAUAUUCGUCGCUGUACAAUGCAGUUGAUCCGAAAACGAUAAUGGUUCGGGUUUCUCAGGGUUUGCAGAGCUUGAAGUGUAAAACUGUGUUUUGACCGGCUACCAUGGCGUGGGAUCUGUUUCUUUGGUUGAUCUCUUUCUUCGUCUCUAUGGCUCUCCUCGCAGUGGUCAUUUAUCAGCUUAUAUGCCUGUCAGAUUUGGAGUUUGAUUGCAUAAAUCCUUAUGAUUCGUCAUCUCGCAUUAAUGCGGUGGUUAUCCCUGAGUUUAUAGUGCAAGGAACAUUAUGUGCUCUUUACCUUGUGACAUGGCACUGGUUCAUGUUCCUGAUAACAGCACCUGUUAUGUAUUAUCAUCUAAGAUUAUAUAUGAAAAGACAGCAUUUUAUCGAUGUCACCGAGAUCUUUAGAUUACUUAAUGGUGAGAAAAAACAUAGAAUGGUCAAGCUCGCCUUUUAUUUGCUUCUCUUCUUCUCAGUGGUUUACAGGCUUGUAGCAACUGCUGUUAUUUCUCUUUUUGAUGAUGAUGAUAUUCGUGUGCCUGAAUCUCGGGUAUUUUGAAACACCUUGCUUUAGAAGUGUGGUUGCUUCAAGUUUUGCCUUAGACAUGUUGAUGCACAUUGACUAGAAGUUUGUUCAAGGGGUGAAGCUUCUGUAUCUAGCCUAGAAGGGUUAAAAAUUUUCUGUAAAAUAAUGUUAUUCACAUUCAGAAUUGAUUCUUAUUUUAUUUCUUCACCGAAGUAGCAAUUGCCUAAACUUACUUUGUUA